AUGCUCCCCGCGGCGCCCGGUACCAAUCCCGGCAUGCCCCGCCGGUCCUCCAGCCCCGCCCUUCCCUGGGCGGUCCUCCGGGCCGCGCGCGAUAUCCCGGCAGCGCCGAGUGCGGGAGGAGAGCCGAGGAUGCGGGAGCUGUCGGGCAUGCAGCGGGAGCACCGCGAGGCCCUUCGCUCCUCCCACCUGCUGCUAGCCAAGCAGCUGGUGCCCGGCGAGGUGUGCCAGCACCUGUUGGCCCAGCGCGUCCUCACCGAGGAGAUGCUCGAGCUGAUUGAGGCCAAGAGUGGCCCAUUCAGCCGCAAUGUGGAGCUGCUACGUCUGCUGCCAAAGCGGGGUCCGUCCGCUUUCGACGCCUUCUGCCAGGCACUGCGGGACACCGAGCAGGGUCACCUGGUCGCCCUGCUCCACCAGCACUUGACCCCGGGGCCGGACGUCGCCCCCUCACAGACUCCGAGGACGCUGGAGGCCGCCCCUGGGGACGGGGAGAGGGAGGGCGCGAGCUCUACGAAGAAGCCCCGCAGAUCGGACACGGCGGAGACCUCGCUGGACGACGGUGACGGCCCCCUCUCCUGUUCCGUACUCCCCUGCUCAGCGGAGUUCUACCAGCGUCAUCGGGAGACGUCCUACAGGAUGGAUUCGCGGCCCAAGGGCCUGGCGAUGAUCAUCAGUAACGUGCGGUUCGGGGGCGCCCAGGAGCUGGUGGACCGGCAGGGAGGGGAGGUCGACCACUGGGCCCUCGAGAAGCUGCUCACCUCGCUGGGUUUCAGCGUCAGGAGCUUGCACGACCAGGCGGCCGAGGUGAUGAAGUCGGAGUUGCUGCAGUUCGCCCGGCUGCCAGAUCACCGGUCGAACCACUCCUGCGUGGUGGCCCUGUUGUCCCACGGCGUGGAGGGGGCGGUCUACGGCUCAGACGGGAAGCUCCUGCAGCUCCAGGAUGUGUUCCGGCUCUUCGACAACGACAGCUGCCCGCAGCUACAGAACAAGCCCAAGAUCUUCUUCAUUCAGGCCUGUCGGGGAGGUGAGUCGACCCUCCCUCACUCUUCACUCCCUGUCUCCUCACCGUCGCUGUGACCAACACACCCUCAUCUCCCCCUGUCUCCCCGCUCCAUCUCUCCUCCCAUCUCUCGGUCUUCCUCCUCCGUCUCUCCAUCUCCC